ACGAACAGUGAGAAGAAAGAAGAAAAGCUUUUUCUUCUUCUCCUUCUUCUUCUUCUCGCUUAUUUGAAACCAACUCCCACCAUUUUUGUUUAUGUUCUAAGCUUACAGCAAGAAAGCUUCACUUCCAGUCACUCCUUCAUCUCUGGUUUUUGACGUCUCGAUGCCGUGUUAGGGUUUUCGGCCUUCCCUCGAUUUUCUGGAAUUUUGAGAUUUCGAUUCUGUUUCUGCUGCUCUAUUUCUUCGAAGAAUCUGGAAUUUGCGUACUGUUAGGUUUGGUUUUUUCGUUUUUGUAGUGGAUCAAACGUCUGAGAUAUGCUUUGAUUCUUUCGAUUCUGGUUCUGAUGUCUAUGAACAAUAUGAACAAUAAUAACCCACCGAAGAGCCUUGGAGGGGUUUCUUCGUCGCCUUUUGGAAAUUCUGGGAUAAUUCCGCCAUCUAUGGCUGCAAAUUCCUCAUUUCCACAGCCGCAAGCUCAAUCUCAAUUAGGAGCUGGGUUUCAAACUCCAUUUCAGCUAACCCCUGCUCAGGCUUUGGCCCAAGCUCAGUUGAAGGCUCAUGCCCAAGCUCAAGCACAAGCAGCUCACGCCCAGUUUCAAGCUCAUUUACAAGCACAAGGGCUAUCCCUAACUCAGAGCCAGGGUAUUGGUGGUGGGAACAUGGGUUCUCCUUUGCAGGGGUUUUCCACACCUGGCCUUGCAGGUGUGAAGCGAAUUCCUCAAAAGCCACCGGUUCGACCGCCUAUUCUUUCCCCUGCUACCCCGUUUUCGCCGUUGAGAACAAUGGAACUCACCCCUGCUGCUCGGAAAAAGAAGCAGAAACUACCUGAGAAGCAGCUUCAAGAAAAAGUUGCUGCUAUCUUACCAGAGUCUGCUCUCUACACUCAGCUGCUUGAGUUCGAGUCUCGUGUCGAUGCUGCACUUGCAAGAAAGAAAGUUGAUAUCCAUGAAGCACUUAAAAACCCGCCUUGCAUUCAGAAAACUCUUCGGAUUUAUGUCUUCAACACAUCUGCAAAUCAAGUUAACACAAUUCCCCGAAAACCAAAUGCUGAUCCUCCUACCUGGACCCUUAAGAUAAUAGGUAGGAUUUUGGAAGAUGGGAUCGAUCCGGAUCAUCCCGGGGUGGUACAAAGAUCAAAUCCUUUGUACCCAAAAUUUUCAGCUUUCUUCAAGAGAGUAACCAUUUCCUUGGACCAGAGGUUAUAUCCAGAUAGUCAUAUCAUAGUAUGGGAAAACGCUCGGUCGCCUGCACCGAAUGAGGGCUUUGAGGUGAAGAGAAAAGGGGAUAAAGAAUUUUCGGUCAACAUUCGAUUAGAAAUGAAUUAUAUUCCAGAGAAGUUCAAGCUAUCGCCUGCUUUAAUGGAAGUUCUUGGUAUUGAAGUCGAUACUCGCCCGAGAAUAAUAGCUGCAAUCUGGCAUUAUGUAAAGGCUAGGAAACUUCAGAAUCCCAACGAUCCGUCUAUCUUUCAUUGUGAUCAACCUCUUCAGAAGGUAUUUGGGGAAGACAAGAUGAAAUUCACCAUGGUUUCACAGAGAAUAUCACAACAUUUGUUCCCUCCGCAGCCUAUACAUUUGGAGCAUAAGAUUAAGCUUUCAGGGAAUAGUCCAGUGGGUACAGCAUGUUAUGAUGUGUUGGUUGAUGUGCCUUUUCCAAUUCACAGGGAAUUGUCUGCUCUUUUAGCCAAUGCAGAGAAGAACAAGGAGAUCAAUGCGUGUGACGAAGCAAUAUGUACAGCUAUAAGAAAAAUUCAUGAGCAUCGACGAAGACGAGCAUUUUUCCUUGGGUUCAGUCAGUCACCGGUGGAGUUUAUUGAUGCCCUGAUUGAUUCUCAAAGCAAGGAUCUUAAACUUCUUGCAGGUGAAGGUAGCCGAAAUCCUGAAAAGGAGCGCCGGUCGGAUUUCUUCCAUCAACCAUGGGUUGAAGAUGCUGUCAUCCGGUACAUAAAUCAAAAGCCAACUGCAGGAAGCGACGCACCUGGAAGUACAUGACUGUGAUCGUGUUGAGCUGCUAUCGACGAUUGCCAUUUUUAGAUACCUGUAUGACCGACACCCUUUAGUUUAUUAGUGAACACCCGAUCAUUGCGAACGCUUCCUUGACGCAUAUGGUAUGUGAAUUCCGAAAAUCAUGCUCCUUAGUUCAAAAGGGCAUUGAUGAAAAUGCUUCAUGAACAACAUAUGGUUUCUUCAGUCAUUUUCUUAGA